AAACCAAAGCCUGCGUGUCUUUCAAAGACUUUGAUUGCACUUUUAAGCUAUGGCGGGGUCCCGAAAGAAUUUCUUUUGGACUUGCUGGAGAGUGCUCUGGGAGAUGCAAAUAGUGUCUUCUCUAGUAAACGAGCGGCUUUAAGGGUUUCGGUGAAUCAUGGUGAGAAGGAUGGUUUCAUCGCGGCCAGAAUGAUCUUAUCUGGGAUUCCUCCGGACGAAACAUACCUACAGAAUCAUCUAUCCGAACUGAUGCAGGAUGAAAAGAAGAGUUUGAAAGGAGGAAGGAUCCCUAUUCCAGAUUCUUACUAUCUUAUGGGGACAGCCGAUCCCACAGGAAUUCUUAAAAGUGAUGAAGUUUGUAUUAUUCUUGACAGUGGACAAAUUUCAGGGAAGGUAUUAGUAUACCACAAUCCUGGUUUGCAUUUCGGAGAUAUUCAUGUUUUGAACGCUACAUAUGUGGAAGCAUUGGAAACAAAAGUUGGAUAUUCCAAGUAUGCCAUAUUUUUCCCCACUAGUGGACCGCGCUCCUUGGCCGAUGAAAUAGCUAGUGGGGAUUUCGAUGGGGAUAUGUAUUGGGUUUCACGGAACCCUCAGGUUGGUGUUUACAUGAGAUUUGGUCAUUCUUGUUAGAUGUCUUGUACUACAUUUGGUUGAUGUCCUUUGCCAGCUUAUGAUGAUACCACCCUGGACCCCCUUCCCCUUCCCCCCAAACAAGAAGUUUUUUUACUUUUUUUUCUGCAGUUUCAAAAUCCUUUCAUGAUUUUCCUCUUCUAAGUGAGGUUUUAGUUGUUGGAUGGUAUUUUUCACCAUCCUUUUUUUCUCAUUAGACAAUUUUCCCUUGCUUUACAGUUGAUGCAUACUGGUCUUCAAACUUAUACUCAGAAUAGUUGUAUGUCAUCGUAACUGGGUUCCAACUUGGCUAAGCAGUUGUUAUGGAACCCUAUCUGGCCAAUGGAAAAGGAAUUUAAUGCUUUAUUAGUUAAGUUAUUUGAAGUUUAGCGAAAAAAGUUAUCUGAAAUUCUUACACGUUAUUUACUAUAGUGACAGACCUUUAGGAGAAGAUGAGCCCGGACUUAAUUCCUGAACGACCGGGAAAACUGUUCAUGCUCAUGUUUGCUUUUAUUAGUUUGGCUUUGCUCAUAAGCAAUGUAAAAUGGCCUUUUCAGCCACUCUUUAUGCAUGUGCCUGUACCUCUUUCGUCUCUUCUUUGGUGUACAGGCCUAAACUUUGAAAGUAACUUCAA